AUGCAAAAUGCAUCGUCAGCUCUGAAAGAGGAGAACCGAUUGUUGUUAUCACGGAUAUUCCGUAAUGAAGACAAUAACAACAUAAACAACGAUAACAUACAAGCGCGGUCAACCUCUAACAACGGUUAUUACGUCAUGCCAAACUUUAAUAAUUCGAUUAAUAUUUUUUCUGGUCGUGAAUCCAAUACGGAUGCGAGAGCAUGGUUGAAAUCAGCCGAAGGUGUAGCAAAAUUACAUAAUUGGCCAGACAGUUUUAAAUUAGAAAUAGUACGUACUAAAUUGAAUGGUCCGGCCAAAAAUUGGUACGUUGGUCGUACAUUUUCAAGUUGGGGAAGUUUUGUUGACCAGUUUAAUAAUACAUUUGUGGGAAACGAGUCGUGCACAGUUGAUCGCAUAAGAAUUAUGUCAAACCGCGUUCAAGCCAAGGGCGAGUGCGUCAUAGAAUAUUUUCACCACAAAGCGUUCCUCUGCCGUGAAAUUUCGUUACCAUUUAACGAGACUAAACAACUGAUAGUUAAAGGUGUUUAUUCUCACGAUUUAUGUAACUAUUUGAUAGCGGGCACACAUUUAAGUGAGGACGAAUUAUUAGCUGAUAUAAAUUCUUUAAAUAAUCUGAGAAAUGCCAGGAAAAGUCGAAUUCGAUCGACCGAGCCUGUAAAGACAACUCAAAGUCAUACCGGCAAUCGAAAAGCCAGUUCUGACAAUCGCGAUAAAGAUCGAAAUACGGUACAACGAUCCACUGUUGAUUCAAGAAGUAAGCCAACAAGGGAUAUGUCCAAUGUCACAGCUAUAGCUGUGGAAAAAUCGGGCAUCUGGCGUCUUCGUGUCCAACGAGAACCUGUCAUAGCUGUCAAUCAACGGGUCAUUCAGCGCGGUACUGUCCAGGUCGCCAAGGUGAGCGUCAAGACAACAACAGUGGUGAGCAUGUCUCUGUUUUAG